GCUACGGAUUGGAAAAGAAAUGCGACCACUUGAUAUACUCUACGAACCAGGAUGCAUCAUGCAUGCCGUCCACAUUCAGACAAAUAUCAUAACCAUUGAGUCAACGCUCAUUUUGAGCGCCGGGUUUCAGUGGCCGAUGUUCACUCUAACCCGAUCGUACUAGGCAUUGAAUCACGAUAUAUAUUCCAACUUGAGCCCAUCUACUUUGAUCACUUGUGAAGCGACGCCUCAGUUCAAGCAUCCUUGCAAAGACCCUGCAGCCAAUGUAUAUGAACCUGUGAGGUGAAGUUGCACUCUGAACUUUUCUUUUUUAGAUCAAGAUGGCUGGAUAUAGCUAUAAAGCACCGGCCUCAUCGCAUCAUGCUUCCUACUACCACCCCAUGCUUUAGUUGCCGUUGCAACUUCCAAGUUCCAACAUGCGCAGCAUGGACUACGACAUCUCCAGGAAACCUAUAGACCGGACGUACAAGAGCUGCAGGUCCAGGGCCCUGGUACUGCUUAUCGUUGUUGCCACGAACACCGCAUCCAUAUCCAUCCUCCUCUUCUCCGACGCCGGCUUAUCAGCUAUUGGCAAUCGCUUCAGUGGACACAACCGGUGCAUCCCCUUCAAGAACCCGGGCAACCUGUCCCUCCGUGAUCUCAACGUCACGGAGUACGCGCUGGCUGCGAGCCAUGCCGAGCUUGUGCACCUGCAUGGCCGCCUCGCCAUCGCCAACGCUCUCGUCGAGACGCUCCUGGGAGACAAAGCCAAUGCCAGCAACAUGGCAGCGGCCGGGGAUGAGGAAAAGCAAGUGGCGGCCGAUAGCCUGUGGCAGCGGGAGCUCACAGGCGAGCUCAAGCUGGCUGUCGGCCCCCACAAGCUGCCAUUGGGCUCCACGCCUAACAUGAGGACCGAGGAGCUGUUCCCGACAUUGGGGCAAGCGUGCAGCCGAUUCCCGGACGAGCUGCAGCGCUACAUGAACUACAAGCCCGGCGGUGAGUGUCCGUCCGACGAGCUGUUCGCUCAGCGGCUGAUGCUCAAGGGAUGCGAGCCACUGCCACGGCGGAGGUGCCGGCCGCGCUCUCCAGAAGGGUACGUCGAGCCAACACCGCUGCCGGCGAGCCUAUGGGCCAUUCCACCAGACACCAGCAUCCUAUGGGAUGCGUACACGUGCAAGAACUACUCCUGCCUGGUGAACCGCGGCAAGACCACGGGCACUCACCACUACGACUGCAAAGACUGCUUCAACCUGAUCAACAGCCGAGAGAAGCGCCGGUGGACGCGCGAUGACGGGGCACUCUCCUACUCUAUCGACGCCGUGCUUGCAACUAAACCGAACGGCACGGUGCGCAUCGGGCUUGACAUCGGCGGCGGGUCUGGCACGUUCGCUGCACGAUGAAUGCAGGAACGUGGAGUCACCGUGGUCACCACGUCCAUGAACUUCGACGGCCCAUUCAACAGCUUCAUCGCGUCGCGAGGUCUUGUGCCCAUGCACCUCAGCAUCGUGCACCGUCUGCCCUUCUUCGACGGCACCCUCGACAUCGUGCACUCGAUGCAUGUGCUUAGCCACUGGAUCCCUGUUGCGAUCCUGGAGUUCGCAUUGUUCGACAUCUACAGGGUGCUGAGGCCCGGAGGAUUGUUCUGGCUCGACCACUUCUACUGCCUAGGUGGACAGAUGAACACGACGUACGUGCCCAUGUUCGACCGGAUUGGUUUCAACAAGGUGCGGUGGAAUGCUCGCCCGAAACUGGACCGGGGGAUCAAGUUUGACGAGUGGUACCUCUCAGCACUGCUGGGAAAGCCCAACAGAUAGGGGUGACCAUUUGUGCUAUGCAAAAACGUCGUAUGUCAAGCUAUCUUGGACACUUCAGGUCAAGAAAACGUUGUGCUGAUGGCUGUAGUUAAUGAUGAUAAGGUUACUGUCAUGGUUAUCUUCCUGCAAAUACCGAUGGUUCUCAAGGUUUUGGGUAUGGAAUUGAAAAACCAGAAGGUCCAGGAUUCGUGGUUACUGGAAAAUACUGCACAAUUACCGGAGCGAAUUUUCAAACAAAAUAUAUAAUUCAAAAUUUAGAGA